ACGACGGAAAGCGUAAUAUCCUGUGCUUGAUUCGUUGGGUUCCUGUGCAGACGCGGGCUGAGAAUGUUGCACGCAUACGUCUUAGUGGCAUUGCUGAUCUGCCACCAGGCGUCAUCUCAGCCCUUAGAUAAAAUUGAAAACCUUUUUAAAUGGGUGCGUGAUCUGGGCGGAGAGAUCCACCUGGAAGUGAAAAACAACAGGCAUGGUGUGCGUGGAGCGUUUGCAACGAAGUCGUUCGCCGAGAACGACGUCAUUGCUGCCAUUCCAUCUGCUACCAUCAUGAACACGGGUUCAUUCAAUGAGAGUUUCGCAGUGCCGACUCUCACGGUGCUGCGCGAGCUGAAGGACCCGCACAGUCGUUUCAAGCCAUAUGUUGACAUGUGGCCCAAGCCCGAUGAGCUCGUUAACUCCUGCAACAUGGACCUCAAGUAUGCGCCCAUGUGGAAGAGCGCUUACUGGGAGAAGAACAUGCGCGACUGGGAUCUGCACCUGCGCGCCUUGCUGGCCGGAGAGCUGGAUGCCGAUCUGGAGUACACCAUCAAGGAGAUGGUGGGCAACGCUGAGGUUACCCUGGAUGACCUCAAGUACGCGUGCGCCAUUUCCUCCACGCGGUACGUGUCGUCGCUGCGGCGGCGGCGGCUGCUGAUGGCGCCCAUCUUUGACCUGGCCAACCACUGGCGCAAUUGCUCGUCCUCUCUGAGCGCGUACGAAACCGGAGACUUCCUGUACUUCAUGGCUGGGGAGAACAUCAAUGCUGGUGAUGAGGUGUGCUACAGCUACGGCUCUCUGCGGGAUGACUACGCAGUGGCCCACUACGGCUUCCUGCCGGACCUGGAGGACCCGCCGCGUCUGGCCCUGGUCGACACUCCGGACUACAACCCCAACAAGCCGUACAGCCACGAUGAACCGCCCUCGGAGGAGCCCUUCGAUGGUACCCCUGCUGAGCUACGUGCGGAGAUGGAGCGCCUCCAGCUCAUCUACAACGAGAUCAAGGCCACGCCGGACGUGCUUCCGCCCACACCUAAGGGCCAGGACUACGUGUACGACCUGUUGAAGGCGCUGGAGGAGCGCCGACUGAAUGCGCUGGCCUAUGAGAUUCGGCGCAUUGCGGGACUGCUCAACGUUAAGGCUGAGCUGUGACGCGGUUGAGCUGCUGUACUGCUACUUCAGGUGUGUGGAAUAGUGCACUAAGCGGCUAUGUGCUGAUUCCGUAGUAAUCUGGACACAGGGCGUCCUUGCGGAUUCAUUUUUUAGUGCGUCAUGUUGUAACCGUAUGUGGCCUCGAUGGCUCGGGGGGAAGAGAGCGGAUGGGGAGGUGGCGGUGGGAGCCGCGAGUGCAGGCUCUGGGUAACUUGGUGUUUUGCGUAGUGGCUCCUGGGGAGGUGCGGAGGCAGCCUACCUGCGUCCAGGAGCCCAGAGCCCGCAAAUCAGCUCUGUGUUGAUCGGCAUUUUUUAAUGUAGGACAGAAACUGAUUGCUGUUGUGAAUGCGAGCUGACAGGACUUGAAGAGUAAUUAGCAAACACGGAAGAGGGUACGGGGGCACGGUGUGGCCUUCUGGGGUUGCAUCUGUGUGUGCCUUGGGGGGGGCCGUAUUACUCACCUAACACUUAAAGCCUUGUUGCCACCAAUGUAAGGUGGGGGGGUUGGUGGUCUCAAAGGGGCCUUGCUGUGAGGCUUCGAGGCAUCAAAACGUUUGGCGAGCAAAUAAAUAGACUUAGUGAGGGCGGAUGUCAGGUGCCGUUAUUGUGCCGUCAUUGUUGUAGCGUGCAGUACAAUACAUUCUAAUGACGGAUAACGUUCACAUCGUUGUCUUUGGAAGCUGUCGCAGGCGCCGAAAGCGCGAUGGCCAAGUGCCAGAGCCAGUCCCUUUUGGAAGACGUGUGAUCUGAGGACGGCUGGAGUGCCUUUGGCCGCUCUACUCAAUUGGCCGCUGCUUGACAGAGAGACACACACAAACACACACAGAGACACACACACGCAUACACACACACGCAUACACACACCUUGUAUUUAUCUGCGAUGCCUUCGCACAUGCGCACGUCCAACCAUUUCGGCUGUGCUAGCUGCUCCGCGAGAAAACGACCGCCAUCCCGACGUGGCCAUUGAAUUAAAGGGAAUUCUCGAACCUCGUGAACCGCUACUGCAUGUGUAUUGUCGCACACGUUGCUGCGGUUGCCGCCGACACUUUGGCAGUUGAAAAGGGAGUUACGCUCUCCGGUUGCGGUUGCGCGCGCCUGUGUCGCUUCAUGGUUGGUCUAGUCGAGUGGGUGGAUGCUAGUUUCGGCAUACACACAUCCUUUCUUAGCUAGCGUAGCACUACCUGGCCGCAUGACGGCCAUCACCACCACGGCGGCGGAAAGGGGAAGGGGGCCCUCACUGCUGGGAGCUGCUGCGUGUAUGAUGAACUGUGAAGAUGCGACGCGCGACGGAGAACUUGUACGGAAGCUCGGGUGUUGUAUCCUGAACGGGGCCGGCGGCCGC